AUGAUUACUUCAAGUCUAGAAAAUUUGUAAACUUUAGAUUAUGAAAAUUCAAAAGAAUUCAUACUUUACAUGAGCAAUUAAGAUUUACAAGAAAGUGAUCUUGAAUAAAUAAAAGAUGCGAUUUUAAAAUUUAAAAAACUAGAAAGCUUAGAAAUUAACUUGAGUUAUAAUAAUUUAGAUUUAGAUGCUUGCUUUUUACUUAGUUAAGCUAUUACUGAAGGAGGUCUAAAUUUGAAAAAUCUUUACUUGAAUCUAAAAGGAGUCUAUUUUAAUAGAAAUGACUUUAAAGAUUUAACUUCUGGGAUCUCUAACUGCAAUUUUCUAACUUCUCUUUCAUUUGAAUUUCCGUAAAAUUACUUAUUUUAAAUGAAGAUUAAGGUUUUUCGUCAUUCUGAUGUAUAAAUAUUAGAAUUCUAGACAGAGACUCAGCAGGCAUUGAAAAUUUUUCUAAAAUGGUGCAAAAAUUAAAUAAUUUAGAAAAUUUAUCACUUUUAUUUGAGCACUAAAUUAUCUAAAGAAUAGAAUUAAGAUAUAUUUCCGAAGCAAUCUCUAAAUGCUAAAAUUUAAAAUCUCUUUCACUUGAUUUUAAAACUUCUCUCUUAGUUAAUAGCGAGUUAUUUAACAUAGUUUUAGAUCUAAAUCAUCUAAAAUACUUAAAUACUCUCUCAUUUGAAUUCAGAAAGGAUUAGAUUUAGUAAAAUCUUUAAAAAGCUAAAUAGAUUUGCUACAAAUUUAAAUAACUAACUAAAUUAACUUUAAUUUUGUGAAAAAAAAAUAGUCUCUUCUUAAGUAUAUUAUAUACAUUAAGGAUAUAGAUAUUAUUAAUUGAAACGACUACUUGAUAAUUUUUUUGCUUAAAAGUUUAUUUAAAAUUUAAAAGUAUAAAAUAAAUCAGAAAUUCUUAAAAUUUAUAAUUAUUUGUUUUAUAGUAUUGAUAAAAUGUAAUUAAUAUUAUUUAUUUAAUGA